GCUUCUCCAGAGACACGGAUAAACCCCGAGAGCAGCAGAGCGCGAGCACGAGAGGGAGAGAGGGAGUGUGCGGGCUUAAUUCCACAAAUUAACAAAAUGCAAAUUAUUACAUUAUUCCACUUUGUUUCUGCUGCAUUAUUGGCAUUGGCAGCCAAUGCAGAGGUGUACUUUAAAGAGCAGUUUCUGGAUGGGGAUGCCUGGAAGAGUCGAUGGGUGAACUCGGAGCACAAGUCUGACUACGGGCAGUUUAAACUGACCGCUGGAAACUUCUACGGAGAUGCUGAGAAAGACAAGGGGCUGCAGACCAGUCAGGAUGCCCGUUUCUACGCCACCUCAGCCCGCUUUGACUCCUUUAGCAAUGAGGACAAACCUCUGGUGAUCCAAUUUACCGUCAAACACGAGCAGAAGAUCGACUGCGGAGGUGGAUACGUUAAAGUCUUCCCAUCUGAUCUCAACCAGGCUGACAUGCACGGAGACUCCCAGUAUUACCUCAUGUUCGGGCCUGAUAUCUGCGGCUACAGCACCAAGAAAGUUCACGUCAUCUUCAACUACAAAGGCAAGAACCACCUCAUCAAGAAAGAGAUCAAAUGCAAGGAUGAUGAAUUGACUCACUUGUACACAUUGAUCCUGAAUCCGGAUCAGACGUACGAAGUGAAGAUCGACAAUGAGAAGGUGGAGUCCGGCUCUCUGGAGGAGGACUGGGACUUCCUACCCCCAAAGAAGAUCAAGGACCCUGAAGCCAAGAAACCUGAGGACUGGGACGACCGCGCGAAGAUCGACGACGAGACGGACACCAAACCUGAGGACUGGGAUAAGCCCGAGAAUAUUCCCGAUCCUGAUGCCAAGAAGCCAGAGGACUGGGAUGAGGAUAUGGAUGGAGAGUGGGAACCUGCCAUGAUCCCAAACCCGGAGUACAAGGGUGAGUGGAAACCCAAGCAGAUCGACAACCCGAACUAUAAGGGCGUCUGGGUGCAUCCUGAAAUCGACAACCCUGAAUACUCUCCUGACUCCCAGAUCUACAAAUUCGACAACAUUGGCGUACUUGGGCUGGAUCUCUGGCAGGUGAAGUCUGGCACUAUUUUUGACAACUUCCUCAUCACCGAUGAUGUGAAGGAAGCAGAGGAUUUCGGAAAUGAAACAUGGGGCGCUACAAAGGGUCCCGAGAAGAAAAUGAAGGAGGAACAGGAUGAGAAGAAACGCAAAGAGGAGGAGGAGAAGAACAAGGAGCAGAGCACAGAAGCAGAUGAGGAUGAGGAUGAUGAAGGAGAGGGAGAAGAGGAGGAGGACGAGACAGACGAGCCUCCAGAGGAGGAGGAGGGAGAGGAGGACACGCUUCCUAAAGACGAACUGUAAAACGGGAAGCAGAUUACCGUCCACAUUCCGUGGUUGCCAGGGAAACGACUGCAGUGCAUUCAUUCUAAACGUGUCGCUCUUAGAGACGGAACUCAUGAUGUCAUACAGGGUCAAAAGGGCGACUGGAUGUUCUCAACCCAUACAUUUAAUUUGCGACCAUUAAUGAGCCAAUUAAAUCUGUUUUUGUUUGUUUGUUUGUUUUAAGAACUGUCUUUUCUUCUAUGGUACCAGGAGUCUGAUGUGUGUAACAUCUUUGAGUGCUGAUCUAUGAUCAGUUUAUUGUGCCUUUCAUGUUUGCAAAAUCGAUGCCCAAUAUUAGUUCAUGGUGUUGAUGUCAGUUAUAUUCAGUUGAUUUGAAGGAAUUGGACUGAAUUCAUGAAGUUUACAUGAAUAACAAUUAUAGUAAAUAAUGUUACUGGGAUGUUACACAGUUCACAGUUGCAAAAAUGUGAUGAACACAAAGUGCAAUGAAACGGAAUAGAAGAGGAUGGUGAUUUUUCGCCCUAUUUUUAUGGAUAAGAGAUUAAUUUGAUCACAGGCUGGGUUCCAAACAGUGGACCUUGUUUCUGAAACAUAAGCAGAACAAAAUAGUGUAAAUUGUUGCAGAAUGAGUUUCUAAACAAUAUUUAUGAACAAUCUACAUUAAUUCAUUUUGCUUGUUUUUCAUGAAUAAGGACCAAUGAAUGUUUGUACUGUAGUGCAAAAGAAAUUUACAAUGGCAUAAUGUUCCUUUGGCACUGAUGAUUUUGUUCUUUUGUUUUCUGUUACCACAGAAUAUGUGCUGUGGAUGUUAUUAAUCUCCUAAACAAGAUAUUCAGUAAAAUUCCUUUUAUUUUCCAGCUCUAUUUAUUACAACAGGAAGGUCUUGCAGUUUGAGCUUGUUUUACCUUAGAUUUUCAGUGGCAGUAACAUUUGUAGCUGAUGUAAAUCUUUUUGUUUUGUUUAAAAAAAAAAAAAAAAAAAUCAACAACCUUUUGUUACUUGAAACUAAAUUAGCUACAAUAAGGGAUGUGGUAAUAUUUGCAGCGAUUUCAAGACCGCGUUAAAAUAAACUAGUUGUCUACACACUGUGAUGUUUGAAUUGGAUUAGUACUGAAAAUCCUGUUUAGUGAUGUUAAACCACCUUUUUACAUGUUGAGAGUUGUAAUUAAUGCCAAAGUUUUAAUAAAUAACUUUAUUGUA